GAGGUAAAAACAAUAUGGGAACAUUUAUAUUUCUGAUGACAUUAAUUUACGGAAUACUACAAAUGAUUCCACCUUCUCAUGAAAAGGUUGGAGGUUCAAUCUCACUAGUACUCUUUCCGUCUUAAAAUACUCGUACCGUUUUGACUGGACAUGUUUGUCAAUAUACAGCUUUUACCAUCAAUAUCUUUAACUACAUAUUAUAAAAACUUAAUAUUUUGAAAAUAUAUUAAGAUGAAGUCAAUAAUGUAUUAUAUAUUAACAUUUGUUUUCAUAUAUUAGAAAUAAAAUAGGGUUAAAAUAAAUUGUGUGAAUAGUGCAAAAAAUCAAAACAGUGUGAGUAUUCUGGAACGGAGGGAGUAUCAUUUUGAGUGAGGUUGGGUUGUCCUUACCAUUCCCCUCAUUUAAAGUGUCUAGCUUGCUAAUUUGAGUUGGGUUGAUCCGAGAGGAGUUCGUUGGAAAAAAAACUAAUAUUCCCUCACUACUACAAAAUAGCAUCUUUGAAGACGCUUGUGCCUCGACGCCAAGGGGCGAAAAUAUUUUCGUGUUUUCAAGACGACUUUUGGCGUCGAGAAAAUUGGCGACGCCUUUUUGACGACGUCUUUUGUCGUCGAAGCAGUUUGCUGCGCAUUUGGGCGUCGAGAAUAACAUGUGUCUUACAUGUGUUUACAAUAAACAACAGCUAGCCUGCGCGCUUCAAAAUUUGGUGAAAUUAUAAAUUAAACUUUACCGCCUACUCUAAUUAAAUAAUUAAAUUAAAAAAAAAGAAAAUUCCUAAAACUAAAAACUGUUAACACGUACUGCACGUCUUUCACGUAUCUCUAACCCUAAUUAGCUAAAACACCAAAACACAACCGCGCGCGUCGUCUCUUCAAUUCUCUGCAAAUUCAAAGCCUUUCACUCUCUGCCAUUGAUAUUCAUCAAGUGGUGGAAAAUCGCAAGAGGUGCUGAAAUUUCGAAGGGAUUUACGGCUCAAUAGUGCUGAAAUUUCUGAGACAUGGAUACUAGUUGGAUUGACUUACGAAAAGGGGAUGCCGGUUAUUAUAAUGGUUGCAUGAAAUUUUUAGAGGUUGCUAAGGAGACUCUUUUAGAGGGAAUGACUCUAUGCCCAUGUAGUAAAUGCAAGUUGAAUAACUCAUAUCCCUUAGAAGAGGUAGGAGGACAAAUUUUAUUUUACGGUUUUUAUAAGAACUAUAGACAAUGGGUUUUCCAUUGUAAAGAUGAAGAGAGUAAUACCAUAGAGAUCCCUAGUGAUCAAGCAAAGGUAGUAGGUCGAGAUGAUAUUGAUGGGUUACUAGGAGCAGCUUUCAAGGUUGACAAUAGUGCACAAACCACCAACGAACCCCAAGACCCAUCAUUAAGUGAAGCAAAUUUUGAAGAUGAAGAUUCGUAUAACAUGCAUGAAGAGUUAAAUUUUGAUUGUGAGGAAGAUGAUGAAUUUCCAUCAACCAACACCAAUGAAGAAGAAGCGAAGUUUAAACGACUAAGGGAAGCUUCUGAUGAGGGUUUAUAUGAGGGGUGUACAACUUUCUCAAAGUUGUCGUUUCUAUUGCACUUGUUUCACCUCAAGUGUAUGUUCCAUUGGUCUGCCGCAUCAUUUAAUAAGUUGCUUGAACUUCUAUUAGACGCAUUUCCUAAUAUUAAGGAGUUUCCUUCGUCGUAUUAUGAAGGCAUGAAGAUAAUGAAGGAUUUGGGUUUGGGUUACGAGAAAAUCCAUGCAUGUCCAAAUGAUUGCAUGUUAUAUUGGGGCUAAUUUGCAGAAAAAAGUGAGUGUCAUAUCUGUCACACAUCAAGGUGGAAAAAUGUGAAAGAAAAUGAGGGCGAUAUUAGUGAGAAUGUUAAAGAAACACGUAAGAAGGGCGUUCCAGCUAAAGUAAUGCGGUAUUUUCCUCUCAUCCCUAGACUAAAGAGGCUUUACAUGUCUUCUAAAACAGCAGAGGACAUGAGAUGGCAUUUUGACCGCAAGGAUGAAAAGAUCAUAAGUCACCCAGCAGAUGGUGAAGCUUGAAAAAAAUUUGAUCAAAGAUAUGAGGAAUUCGCCAAAGACCCUCGUAGUGUUAGAUUGGGUCUAGCAAGUGAUGGUUUUAAUCCAUAUCGUUUGAUGAAUACUAGUUACAGUACAUGGCCAGUGAUCCUGAUUCCUUAUAAUUUGCCACCAUGGCUUUGUAUGAAGUCAACGUCAUUCAUUUUGUCUUUGAUCAUUCCAGGUAAGUUUGGUCCUGGUAUGGAUAUUGAUGUGUAUUUGCAACCACUAAUCCAUGAGUUAAAAUUGUUGUGGGAAGGUGUAGAUGCCUUUGAUGCUCAUAGUGGAAAAAGUUUUAAAAUGCGAGCAGCCUUAGACUCCACUAUAAAUGACUUUCCGGCAUAUGCUAUGUUGUCGGGUUGGAGUACGAGAGGUUAUAAAGCUUGCCCUUCUUGUGUUGAUUCUGGUUAUGCGUAUAGUUUUGGUGGUAAAAUUAUCUACCCUGGAGAUCGAAAAUGGUUACCAACUGAUCAUCCUUAUCGUUCUCAAGCAAACUUAUUCGAUGGGAAAGAGGAAUAUGGUCUUGCUCCGGUUCCUCCAAGCGGGACAGAAGUUUUGAAGCAACAAGAAAAAGUUAAGUAUGUUUAUGGAAAGUCAAAAAGUGUUCCUAAAAAAAGAGGGAGACAAGAAGAUGAUGAAAUUGAUGACGAUGAUGAUGAUGAACAGGAUGAUGUCGUUCUGUGGAAAAAGAAAAGUAUACUUUUUGAAUUAGAAUAUUGGGAACAUAAUCCUCUUAGACAUAAUCUAGAUGUUAUGCACAUUGAGAAGAAUGUAUGUGACAAUUUCCUAGGAACACUUUUAGGUAUGGAGAAGAUUAGAGAUGAUAAGAAUGCUAGAUUGGCCCUUAAAGCACGGAACAUAAAAUCUCAUCUUUGGCCCGAAUCUCAUCCAAAUCGUGCUAAGGACUAUUUGCCUCCGGCUGCAUACACCAUGUCUAAAGAAGAGAAAUAACGAUUUUUGAAUGUCCUACAGAAUCUUAAAGUUCCUGAUGGAUAUGGAUCUAAUUUGCAAAGGUGUGUGAAUUUGAAGAAGCAUAAACUUAUUAAUCUAAAAAGCCACGACAAUCAUGUCCUCAUGCAAGAUAUCCUUCCUGUUGCUUUAAGAGCAUCAAAUGCCACAAAAGUAAUUGAUUUGCUUGAUGAAUUGUCGGACUUUUUCAAGAAGAUAUGUUCAACUGCUAUUGAAAGAAGUGAAUUAGAUACCAUUCAGUCGAGGCUUGUGUUGACUCUUUGUAAGAUGGAGCAAGAGUUUCUGCCAACAUUUUUCACAAUCAUGGUGCAUCUACUAAUUCAUUUAGUGGAUGAGGUCAAACUCGGUGGACCUGUUCAUUAUAGGUGGAUGUAUCCCAUUGAGAGGUACUUGGCCUUUUUGAAAUCUCAUGUAAGUAAUAAAGCGCAACCAGAAGGAUCCAUAGCAGAAGGGUACCUUUUAUGGGAGACAAUUUCAUUUUGUUCGAGAUAUCUAGAAAGUGUUGAGACCAUAUUCAACAUACCGAAGAGAAAUGAAGAUGGUGUUCCAAACAUCAAUAACUAUUUAUACUACUCUGGUGGUCGUGUAGUUGGGAUGAAAGAAAAUGUCCGUCUUGAUGAGAAUAGUUUAAAGCAAGCACAUCGCUAUGUUUUGCUUCAUUCAGAUGAGAUGAAACCGGUGCUUGAUGCCUUCAUACAACAAAACGACAAGAGAAUCAAGUCGGAGGAGGUCAAGAAAAUUAGUGGAUAAUCUAUGAAUUUCCCGAUUGGUUGCAUAACCAGGCCAAUAACCUAGAUGAUAGCACGAAAGAAGGAAAAUUGAGAAAAGCCUUGGCAGGUGGUUUAAGAAAUUGUGGGAAAAGGAUGAAAAGAGUUAUUAUCAAUGGCUAUAAAUUUGACACGGUGGAUCGUGAGCGAUCUCGAAAGACUCAAAAUUCUGGAAUUAUGGUAGAAGCUGACGGCCAAGAGUAUUAUGGAAAGCUUAAAGAAAUGUUAGAAUUUGAUUAUUAUGGUUCUUUCAAGGUUCUAAUGUUCCGAUGUGAUUGGGUUGAUAUACGAAGGGGUUUCAAAACAUACCCGAGUGGCAGAGUUCGUGUUAAUUUCUCGAAGUUAAUGCACACUGGUCAAAAUUUGAAAGAUGAUCCAUUUAUUUUCUCUUCUCAAGCGAAACAAGUUUUUUACAUUGAGGAUGAGAUACAAAAAGGAUGGUUUCAUGUUAUUAAGACUAAGCCUAGGGACUUGUUUGAUAUACUCGACGACGAUGAUGAUGAUGAGUAGCUUCUAGGAUAAAAGUGUUUUGUUUUUAUGGAAUUCUUUAUCAAAGUUUAUGCGUAUUAGAAAAUAAUGAUUUUGAAUGAUUUCUAGCCUUUUUAGUUGAGUUUCAUAGUUGUUGAUUUGUAAUUGUUAAGGAUGGUGGAAUUACCAAGUUAUAAUCAGUUAUAUAUAGUUCAGUUGUGUUA